AUGAAGGUUGAGAAAUUGGCUACAUUGGUCGUUUGUUUUGUUGUUUUUGUUACUGUCAGUGCGGCGACCUCUGUGGCGAACGAGAUCAAUGCCCACGUCCAAGCGACGAUCGAUGCGUCUCCAAUAUGCGCGCGACAAUGUCUUGUCGCAGGAUUGCAAUUAGACUGCGCUUUACAAGAUGAGAAAAGCUGUAUUUGUACUUCCCAAGAUUUCCACUCGGAUUUAAUUCUCUGUAUGAGACAAUAUUGUCGCACCCCUGCUAUUUUCGCAUUAAUGUCUGCCUUUGGCCAGGAUAUCUGGCAGGUCAACGCAGACGACCUAUCACAUGCCUUGAAGUUAUUCUGGAUCGACUGCCCCUUCUACAGCCUUCUAAUGGGUAUGACAAAAGUCACCAUCAUACUAUUCUACAUCCGCCUUUGCCACGUAUACACGCGAUUCUGUCAAGCGUGUUGGGCCGUCAUCGUCAUCGUAUGCCUCAAUACCGUCAUAUUCAUGUUCCUCAAUAUUUUCCAGUGCACGCCAAUACACUGGAACUGGAAUCGCUUCAGCGGAAGCGACGUGGACUUUCAGUGCAUGGAUUUGAACAAACUGCAAUGGUCGAUCAACAUUACGAAUAUUAUUUUUGACGUGGUGGUUCUGGCCCUUCCGAUACCGCUGGUCUGGAGGAUGAGGUCGACAUUCCGCCGAAAACUCGCCAUCAUCUUCAUGUUCAGCCUCGGCGUUGUGGUACUAGUCGCCAGCUGUCUCAAAAUGCGAUACAACAUUCUUUACGGCCACUCGACCAACAUAACAUGGGAUUACAUGGACCUCAUGGUCUGGGCAGGUAUCGAAAGCUCCGUGAGCAUCGCAGCGCCAUGCCUUCCCACUGUGCGAUUAUUCCUACACAAGGUGUUCCCACAGUCUUUUGGUCGUAUGUUUGCCUUUGGGUCACACGCAGACCGUACUCUUGACGACGAGAUUAAAGAGGAGGAAGAAGAAGUGGCGCGCUGGGCAGCUGAUCUUGAGAAGCCCUCGGAUGCAGCAAUGGUAGUUGUUAGACCGAGAAGGGCCGCGAUAAGCUUGGGCCAUGACCUUGGGCCUGCGCAAGGGGGAAGAGGGGGAAGGAGGAAACCAAUGACUGAGGCGUCUAGAAUUCUCAAAAGUGUUGAUGAAUUUGAUGAGGCCCCGCUUGUUACUUAG